AGUUUAUCCCCUGCCGAACAGAAGCUCUACGUCGCCGCCAAGAACGGUUACCCGUGGGUGCUGGAGACCCCCAGCUGCAGUCUGACCGAGUUGGAGAUCACCCAGGCAGCGUUCCGGAAUGCGUCGCCCUUUCAGUACUUUUACUUCAGGACUGGAACGGGACGGCUGAAGACUUCGGAUAGGGAAAAGAAGGAGGGCCCGUCCUGCUCUCCGAAGAGCGACCUGGAAAAACUAAAGAUGGGAAAGCUGAAGGCCAAGAUUCUCAGCCGAGGGCUCCCCGUUCGAUUCUAUAGAAGUCUCCAGGAGUUGGGAGAGCUGGUCUUCAAGGACUGGUCUGUUGUGAUAGAAAGCCUUCACCCCACCACCGUGAGGAUGGCACACGUAGACUACAAACACAGCUUCGAACGUUCCUAUCAUGAAGAGUUUACCAAGGAGUGCGAGCAGGCGUUUAUUUCCAAAGAGUCAAACAGGAUCUUCGAAGCCCUGGAAAGAUUUGCCUUAAAGGACGUUGAGUUCGAUCCAAACGGUGCAGCCUCUGCCUCCAGUUUAGACUCUGUUCUGAGGUUUUCCAGGAUAAAUCCUCUUCCCACUUACAAGUCUAUUUUGCUCGUGUCUGGAGAACGUGGCUGUGGGAAGUCCACUCUGAUAGCCAACUGGGUGAAUUAUUUCAGAAAGAAGCACCCAAGGAUGCUGAUGGUCCCUUAUUUCGUGGGGAGCACCUGUGAAAGCAGCGACAUCAUGUCUGUGAUCCAUUACUUCAUCACGGAGUUACAGGACAAGAUCUAUGGGACUCCCCUCGAAACGGAUGCUCUUCACGAGGACCCAAGUCUGUGGGUGUUUUCACUUCUUGUGGAAAGGUUCCUCGCUUCCAUCAGCUUAAAGCCGUGUAUUCUUGUCCUGGAUGGAAUUGAAGAGUUGAUUGGCAUUUAUGGGAUUUCAGGACCAAAGGCAAAGGAUUUCUCCUGGCUGCCUUGCUCCCUCGCUCCCCAUUGCAAAUUCAUCCUGAGCACUGUCUCCUCCAGCCUGUCCUACAAGUCCCUGUGUGGCCGCCCAGAUGUGAGGACGAUGGAGCUCGUCAGCACAGGCGAAGCAGAAGCCAAGCUACGCAUCUUUAGGCAGCACCUCUCCACGCCCAGCAACGACCCCUUCCGACAGAGAAGGCAAGCGCUGAGGAAAAAAACAAACCUGAACCCGUUAAAGCUCACCAUCCUAGCCAGUGAAUCUAAAGAAUGCAGGAUCUACAGGAACGAGCUUCAGUGCAUGAAGGCAUACCUGGAAGUGGCGUCUAUUCAGGAUCUCUGGGAACUGAUCCUGAAACGAUGGGUCGAAGACUACAGUUGGACUUUUACAAAGAGAAAAGGAGGCUCAUGCACCUUGGCUUCUGGAGAAGGGCUGGACGGCUGGGUGGCUGACGUGCUGUGCUUACUGAGCAUCUCACACUGCGGGCUGGCCGAGGAUGAGAUACUUCAGCUUCUGGACGUGCUGGGCUACCGGGAUCAGUACACAGUGAGCCCGCUGCACUGGGCUGCCUUCCGCAACGCCAGCAAAGAAUGGGUCCAGGAGAAGCCCAACGGCCUGCUGUGCUUCCGGCACCAGUCCCUGAGGAAGGCUGUGGAGCACAGGCUUCUAGGGGGAGCCGCGCCUGUCAGAGAAUGCGGUCCCUAUGCCUUUCAGAACCCGACCAAUCUCAAGAAGACGCAGCUCCACCAAGCCUUGGUCAGCUACUUCCAGGGGCAGGCCGCUUUCUGGCGCAUGUUUCAAGAGCUGCCCUGGCAUUUGAAGAUGAGCGGCAGCUGGGAGGGCCUGUGCAGCUUUCUCACCAGUCCUAACGUCACAGACUUUUUAUCAAAAAUCAGGAGCCCGAGCUUCUGGACCAGGCUGCACCUCCUGCACUACUGGAGCGUGUUGGCCGAAGUUGAGUAUGACGUCGCCAAGGCCUAUUUGCUCUCCGUGGACAAGAUUAAAACCAGCCCGUGCCACAAAGCAGCCCACGCCACAGGUGUGCCCACAGUGCUGGAAAAGAGCGCCUUCCUGGCGACCACCAUGGACAAAUGCCGGCUCCUGGCCUUCGUCGCCAGCGUCUUGAAGCACAUGGGCGACACUAAGGAAGCGGAGCAGUUGCUUCUGGAUGUGGAGGACAUGCUGGUCCAGAAUCAAUCCCCGACAGAAAUGCUUUCCACGGUACAGAACGCCCUUGGGGAGCUCUACCUUGAAAUCGGAAUGAUGCAGGAAGCAUUCCAGUAUUUCCUGCGAGCAUGGUCAACCCUGAUGUGCUUGUCCCCCAGCGACUUGAAAACCAACCAGAACUUGGUGAAGCAACAAGGCAGAGUGCUGAACAAUCUGACAAAGUCAGGGUCCGAGGAGUUCUUAAAACAAAAUCACAUUUUGGAAUAUGCUACUGACUUUGCCCAGUUACUGGACAACAACCCAAGCGAUCAAGCUACCAUGAAGUACACAGAAGGCAUUUUAAGAUUAGCUGCUGGGAAUGUUUCUCUGGCAAAAAUGAAAUUUCAAGAAUGCUUAAAUAUCAGGAGAAAUUUGUUUGGCAAGACAAAUAUCCUGGUUGGAGAAAUUAUGGAGUAUUUGGCAGAUUUGCUAUUUUUCCCUCUGCAUGACGAAAGCCCAAGCCAAUUAUUGCUCAGUGACUCUUCUCAUCACCUGACGAUGGAGGCAGUGGGCUAUUUGUACAGGUCCCUCGACUUAAGGACCACCUACCUGGGAGCGUCACAUCCAUCAAUCCCCGGAAUCGUGAACCUUCUCAAGGAAAUCGAGCGGCCCCAGGGCAGGAGAUACUGCCUUCCAGGCAUAUGCCAGCAAUCCCCGGAGGGGUCCAGGAAAGGCAGCCCCCUGGGAAAGAACGUGCGGAAAUUGACCUACCACAGCUCUCAGAGUUCCCGCACGGUGAGCUCUGCUUUGUGCCUGGAUGCAGAUCAGCUCCAGAGUGCUAAAAGCGCAGACAUUGCCCUGCACCCGAUUUUGGAUGCAUCUAAAUGCAUUUCUGGAAAAGAGAACAAGAACUUGAGACCCAUUACUUGCAUCCCCGUGAGGAAAAAGACCCGCCCGAAGACGCAAAAUCAUGUUGAACUAUGGAACGGUCCCGAAAAAGAGACGUCGAAGAAAAAGAAACCCCUUUCCUCUAAGAUUUUAGCGCUGGGUGAAAUGAACAGCAUAGCCAAGCUCUCCAGGCAAAGAGUGACUUCAACGACGGGCGGGAGCGGAACAGAGCAGAUCACCACCAUUUACCAGCACCCGCUGGUAGAGGCGCUCUGCUCCGGGAAGUCCCUGGAUUCCAUAGCUGAGCUCAUAUCAGAAAAGUGGCUUUUCCACAGCCCAGAUUACAGUUUAACUCCUCAGAAGUAUUUUUGGCAGAGGAAACCUCAAAUGGAUACAAAAUUGUAUCAGUCCCCAAGUAAUACCAAUAAAGAAUGA